GAAUUAUUACGCACCAUGUUCAUGCAAAAACGUCCUCAAGCUCAAUAACAUUGUUGAAGAUUAUUAUUACUACCUUUCAAAAUCCAUACCUGCAGAAGCAUCACAGCGCUUUUCAAGAACUUAAAAAAUUAUCUUUCUGUGAGUUUCCAAAAAUUUUAUGAUACAAAGCUGUAACGAUUGUCGAUAGUCCCGACUAUCAAUCGAUAGUUGAAAAAAGUGCAGCCAUCGAUAGUUUGACAGCCCUAAUUUCCUACAUAUAGUUUUUUGUUUUCGGUCUCAAUUCUCGUUCUCAUAUUAUAAAAUUGCAAUAAAUUGAAGAUAAAUGAGUAGGAAUCCGAACAAUUAUCAUCGUACCGGUGGCCGUGGCGGUGGCGGUGGCGGUGGCGGUGGAGGCUUCAAACGUUUCGGUGGCACUGGUUCCUAUGGUAAUUACAAUAAAAACUCAAGCCAUAAUGAUGGACACGGUGGGAAUCGUCGCUCUGGCAGCUGGUCUGGCGGGAAUUUCAAUCGUUCAUAUGACAACAGCGUGAACCACGGUAGCAAUAACAACUUAGAAAGCAGCAAUAAUGCACCUCCAUCAAUUAGCCAAGAAAAUGAUCGGUUUCAAAAGUUCCGAGACCGACAUACACAGGUAUCUGGUGGUUACAAUAGCCGGUCGAAAAAUGAGUCGCAACAAGGUGGUCGUAUGGGCAAGCGUGCCUGCAGAGACAGGCGCAGAAGCAAGCAACAUAACGACAACAACGGCAACGAAAGAAAAAGUGGUGGGAAUUGGUAUGAGGAUCAAGCUGGAAAUUCAUCCGUUCCAAGUGAACUAAAUCAAAGUAAGUACCCGUCUGCAACGGCGUCACAAGUGCCUGCUGCUAACUUGACACAAGCGGCAGCGAUUGCACCACCAGCCACAAGCUUGCCGGCUGUGCCACCACAAAUUCAAGAAGAAUUACCCAAAGAAAUGGAUUUAGUUGAAAAGAAACCGAUAAUAAUAAAUAUAAAGCAAGAAAAAAUUGGACAAAAUAAAACUAAUCAAAUCGCUAAGCCACCGGCCUCUUCGGAUUCGUCUGACAGUGAGGAUGUACCGCCUAACAAACCGCUCGAGCCCAAGCAAGAAACACCGGCAAAACCAACAGAGAAAAUUGCAAGACCACCGUCUUCUUCCAGUUCCUCUUCAUCCAGCUCCUCUUCAUCCAGCUCCUCUUCGGAAGAAGAUGAUGACAAAAUUAAAGAGCUUUUAAAGAACACUAAAGCCUUAUCGAUGCCAACUGUGGAAAAACCAACAAAAGUAGCGAAGAAGCAAACGAGGAAAAGGCGGCCUUCUGAAGAAGACUUAAUUUGUCUGGGAAAGCUGGAGAAAAAGUUUGUCAUUGAAGAUGAUGCUUCAGAAGAGGCCGAUGAAGCAGUGGAUGACAAGAGCUCUACGACUACGAAUCAAUGCUUGAUAUGCGACGAACAUGGACAUACUGCUUUUGAAUGUCAGAUGAUUUGCAAAAACUGUUCAGCGCCUUACCACAACAUGAAGAGUUGUCCGAAGCCAGUAAACCUAUCAAUUAUGAUGCAAUCUUUUAUGGAAUUCUGCAUGGGACAAAUGAGUCAGUUCAAUCCGGAACAAAAGUUCGUAUUGCCAAUGAAUACUAAUGUAUAUAAAAACUAUUCAGCGAAAGAAAAUAUAAAAAUGGCAAAUGAAGAAGGGAAAAAAGAAUCAGAUGGGCAAACCUCUGAAUCGGAAUCAGAGAGUGACUCAAGCGAGGAAGUAGCUGCACCAAAAGCGAAAAAGAAGCGUACAAAAACACCUGUUUUAGUAGACUCUACCGAAUUCCGCAAUUCGUUUGUCCCACCAUUUUCAUCUUUCCCUGCUUUCGGGGCAGCGGCAGCAGCUUAUAACCCGUUACUGUUAGGCCAACUCAUGCAAAGCGGAGGCUUUGGAACACCCAAAAAACUCAAUUUUUAUAGCAAGUAAUAGAUUUGGUGGAUUGGCAUCACCUCUCUCGACAAUUUCCAAACUGCAGGCUCCGAGCAACGUGCACCACCUAGAAAUCAUACUCAUCAUAUGUAUAUUUCAAAAAAAGUAAAGGUUUGCAUAGAAUAAUGUUCGUAAAUGCAUUACUGCAAUAAAUAGUCUCUUUCGUUUAUAAACUAUAAUUGCUGGAAACGUCCAUCAUGUGUAAACACGGUUAAAUGCCGAAUUAAAGAGUGAAAUAAUUAAAGUAA